AUGUCUGACUUCCUUGGAGCUCGCAUCUCCCUCAUAUCCAAAAGCGACAUUCGCUAUGUCGGCACCCUCUACGAAAUCAACUCGAACGAGUCCACCGUCUCCCUAGAGAACGUCAGAUCACAUGGCUCUGAGGGCCGGAAGGGUGAUCCCUCCGAGGAGGUCUCCGCGUCCGACCAGGUCUACGACUUCAUCGUCUUUCGAGGUAGCGAUGUGAAGGAUCUGCGCAUUGAGGAGGGUCCAGCUGCGCCCAAGGAGAACCAGCCUCCUAUGCCCAACGACCCAGCCAUUGUCGGUGGUGCUCGCGCUCAUCCAGGACGGGCACCUGGCGCCAACCAACCUCCUGGCCCCAACGGUCCUCCCGGCCCUCCUGGCGCACCUGGAUUCCAAAAUCCCAACAUGUUCCCUCCUUACCCUCCUCCACAAGGCUGGGGCCGACCUGGUCCUGGCCCUCCUGGACCUGGUGGAUUUGGCAUGGGAUACCCUCCUCAGGGAUGGUUCCCACCUGGGCAGGCUUUCCCGCCCAACGGGCCGGGCCCCUGGAACAACUACCCCUUCCCCCCUGGCCCGCCUGGUGGCCCGCCAGGUCCUCCCGGCAUGCAGCAGCAAGGGCAGCAGCAGCAGCGACAGACACCAGGAAUGUCUCCCAACGCCAUGUCAUCUCAGGCGGACAACAAGCCAACACCCAUUGGUGGAGCCGCAGACUUGUCCAGGGGUCCUGGUCCAGCUCCUGUUGAGAUGCCCUCGGAGUCUCGAGUCCCAAUCCCAUCGUCCGCAGCCCCAGCGCCCACGCCUCCGGUGGCGUCUAAGCCGUCCGCUGAGGAGGUCAAGGUCACGGCUGCCUUGCUGGAAAACCAGAAGCCUGGAGCCCCAUCAGCCCCAGGCAAGCAGAUUCCCACUGGCCCCAAGGGCUUGACCAAGAUCACCCCAGCGGUGCCUCUUCCCGCUGCCUUGACAGCUAGGUCAACGCAGUCGACGGUCGCCGCCAGUGCCAAUGUGAACAACACGUCCACAAACCCUGCCUCCUCGGCUGCCGCUCUUAGGGACGCGACGGAAGCAGCGAGGGCUGCGGUAGCUGUUGCUAUGGCCAAGCUCGAGCAGCCAGGUGGAUCCGCUGGCCCAGCGGCUCUUCCAGCGAAUGGUAACGGUGUGGACAACCUGACCAACAAGGUCAACGAGAUGAGAGUCAGCUCUGGACGAUCUGGCGUCCAAAACGGGCGUGGCCGUGGCCGUGGUGGAGCUCGUCACACCAAGGUCGAGGUACCAGACUCCGACUUCGAUUUCGCGACGGCGAACGCAAAGUUCAACAAGGAGGAUGUUGUCAAGGAGAGGAUAGCGGGCUCGCCAAUAACCGAGACCCCGGUCGAUACUGCAGCCGACGGCCAGGCCAGCGCUGCAGCCGAGCCCAAGGAAGUCUACGACAAGGCGAAGUCUUUCUUCGACAACAUCUCUAGCGAAGCCAAGGACCGCAAGGCGAACAACGGCCAGAGGCCCGGUGGUCGGGAAUGGCGUGCCGAGGAGCAGCACCGCAACAUGGAGACUUUUGGCCAAGGUAGUGUUGACGGUGGCUAUCGAGGGUAUCGGGGACGUGGUCGCGGCCGUGGAGGCCGCGGACGCGGCUACGGCGGUCGUGGCCGUGGAGGCUACCGAGGCCCCCGAAACGACGCGCAGACCGUUCCCCAGUAA